CGGGAUGAAUGGAUGGCCCAGUUACCUGGUGGGGUGGAUGGCCUUCCUCCUCUACUCCUAUGAAACAACUGGAAAUAAGAAAGAUCCAUGCAUCUUUCCCUUCACCUACAAGGGUUCUACUUACUUCUCUUGCACCAGAACCAACAGCUUAUUCCCUUGGUGUUCGACCAGAGCCGUGUAUGACGGACGGUGGAAACACUGCAUGACGGAAGAUUACCCACGGUGUGUCUUUCCCUUCAUCUACCGAGGAAAGCCCCAUAAUGGCUGCAUCACAGACGGCAGUUUCUUUGGAAGGCAGUGGUGCUCAGUCACUUCCAGCUUUGAUGAGAAGCAGCAGUGGAAAUACUGUGAAACCAACGAGUACGGGGGAAACUCUUUCAGCAAGCCCUGCAUCUUCCCUGCCAUGUACAGAAAUAAUGUGGUCUCUGAAUGCCUUGAGGAUGAAAACAAUAAGCUCUGGUGUCCAACCACGGAGAACAUGGAUAAGGACGGGAAGUGGAGUCUUUGUGCCGACACCAGAAUUUCCUCAUUGGUUCCUGGCUUCCCUUGCCACUUCCCAUUCAACUACAAAAACAAGAAUUAUUUUAACUGCACCACUAAAGGAUCAAAGGAGAACCUUUUAUGGUGUGCAACCUCUUACAACUAUGACCGGGACCACACUUGGGUGUACUGCUGA